GGGCCUCUGGCUAGUUCCGCCGUCUGUCCGGCGCCAGCGGAGCAAGACAGAAGCAGCGGCCGCUGCCCACCUGUCUCCAGUUGGGUUCAGCAUGGCGAACUUCACACCUGUCAAUGGCAGCUCAGCCAAUCAGUCUGUGCGCCUGGUCACAACAGCCCACAACCACCUGGAGACAGUGGAGAUGGUGUUCAUUGCGACAGUGACUGGUUCCCUGAGCCUGGUGACUGUGGUGGGUAACAUCCUGGUGAUGCUGUCCAUCAAGGUCAACAGGCAGUUGCAGACGGUCAACAACUACUUCCUGUUCAGCCUGGCCUGUGCAGAUCUCAUCAUAGGGGCGUUCUCUAUGAACCUCUACACCUUAUACAUCAUCAAGGGCUACUGGCCCCUGGGUGCCGUGGUCUGUGACCUGUGGCUGGCCCUGGACUAUGUGGUGAGCAAUGCCUCUGUCAUGAACCUUCUCAUCAUCAGUUUUGACCGCUACUUCUGCGUCACCAAGCCCCUCACCUACCCCGCCCGCCGCACUACUAAGAUGGCUGGCCUCAUGAUUGCAGCCGCCUGGGUCUUGUCCUUUGUGCUCUGGGCCCCUGCCAUCUUGUUCUGGCAGUUUGUGGUGGGCAAGAGGACAGUGCCCGAUAACCAGUGCUUCAUCCAGUUCUUGUCCAACCCGGCGGUGACCUUUGGCACAGCCAUUGCUGCCUUCUACCUGCCUGUGGUCAUCAUGACGGUGCUGUAUAUUCACAUCUCGCUGGCGAGCCGCAGCCGCGUUCACAAGCAUCGACCCGAGGGCCCCAAGGAGAAGAAGGCCAAGACUCUGGCUUUCCUCAAGAGCCCUCUGAUGAAGCCGAGCAUUAAGAAACCUCCACCAGGGGGCGCUUCUCGAGAGGAACUGCGCAAUGGGAAGCUAGAAGAGGCUCCUCCGCCAGCCCUGCCCCCGCCUCCACGCCCAGUGCCUGACAAGGACACUUCCAAUGAGUCCAGCUCGGGCAGUGCCACCCAGAACACCAAGGAACGGCCACCCACAGAGCUGUCCACCACAGAGGCCACCACUACACCAGCGCUGCCCGCCCCUACCCUGCAGCCACGAACCCUCAACCCAGCCUCCAAGUGGUCCAAGAUUCAAAUUGUGACAAAGCAGACAGGCAGUGAAUGUGUGACGGCCAUCGAGAUCGUACCUGCCACGCCAGCUGGUAUGCGCCCAGCAGCCAAUGUGGCCCGAAAGUUUGCCAGCAUUGCUCGUAACCAGGUGCGCAAGAAGCGGCAGAUGGCUGCCCGGGAGCGCAAAGUGACUCGGACAAUCUUUGCCAUUCUGCUGGCCUUCAUCCUCACCUGGACACCCUACAAUGUCAUGGUCCUGGUGAACACCUUUUGCCAGAGCUGUAUCCCCGACAGGGUGUGGUCCAUCGGCUACUGGCUCUGCUACGUCAACAGCACGAUCAACCCUGCCUGCUAUGCACUCUGCAAUGCCACUUUCAAAAAGACCUUCCGGCACCUUUUGCUGUGCCAGUAUCGGAACAUCGGCACAGCCAGGUAGACCGGCAGGUGCCCUAGGAGGUGCUGGUGUCAUGAGUGUGUACCGGGGAACCACAUGGCUCACCGGCUGUGGAGGAGAGAGUAGGCGGCCCCACUCUGAGUUCGCAUCUGCUGAAGAGAACAGGUCUCCCAGACACCAUGAGGUACAAGAGGCUCCCGCUGGGAUGGGAGAGCAGAUCUCUACUGAAGCCUAGGAGGCUUAGUCCAGGGACGGUCUGAACUGGCACCACCUGGCCCAUAUCUUACCUUGCCUCAGGAAGAUGGGGGACGAUGGCUGGAGUGGGCAGCGGCUCUUUCAAAGCCAACCAUCGGUGGAGGUGGAUGAAUAGAGCAGAGCCCGGGAGCAUCUUGAGAGGAGCAAAAGGAGCCAGGCUUGCAAGGGUGGGGUCCCCCGUUGUGCUGUAAUCGGUGCUUUCCGCCUUCUUGCGUCCUCCCCCCCCCCCUUGCAUGUAGGCUCAGCCCUUCCCCUGCCCCCAAGUCCCACUCCAAGGUGAGGGACUUCCCUGCCACUGUUGCUCAGCCAGGCUCUGGGUGGGAAGCCAAGCCCUUUGGCACUCCCCUGGCCAGCAGUCAUCUGGAUGGGGCAACUGGGAGGCCAUGCUAAGCUAAGAUACAGACUCCAGGGGACUGAGUCAAUUAGUGGUGGACCUUACUGUCAAAUUGUUAAGAGCCUACCCCCCCCCCAGGUCACACAUCAAAUGGACAGCAGUGGGCAGUGUUCCUCUCUACCUCUGCACGGAGGGAGGUAUGGGUCCAAGGGGGGAAAGGUGGUGGUGGGGAACUUGGCGAUCCAUAUAGCCUUCAGUGGAGGAUGACACAAGCAAGCACCCUCAUCGAUCCCCAAUGAGAAAAUUCCAGACUGGCGGUAGCCUGGACCAGAGACUCUUGACUAGCUGGGAUAGAGUUCAAGUGAGUCACCUAGGUCCCCUUCCCUAACCCCAGCCCUGUGGGUCCCUGGGAAGGAUGACACCCAAGGGGGCCCUGGGAGACACUUUUGUAAAUGUUCUGCUCUUUUCCACGAGCUGUAGGGAGCACUUCCUGCAUAGCCCUCAGCUCCCCUCAGUUCAUCUUUCCCCAUCCUCCCCCCCCCCCCACACA